AUGACCGCCGCCCACGACGCAGCCGAAGCGCAGAAGACACUUGGCAACGAGGAAUUCAACGCAAAGAACUUUGACAAGGCGGUCGAGUGCUACUCGGAGGCCAUCCGCUUGAACCCGGACAACUACGUGUACUACUCGAACCGAAGUGCUGCCUACGGCGCUGUGAACAAGUGGGCACUCGCUGAACAAGACGCCCAAGAGUGUGUCAAGCGCCAGCCCGAGUUCGCCAAGGGCUACCACCGUCUCGCCAAUGCGCAGCAGCAAUUGGGCCGCCAACAAGAGGCUAUUGAGACGCUCCAGACAGCCCAGAGCUUGGCGAGGGAUCCGGAUAAGGUGCCGGGUAUAAAGAAGCUGCUGCGCCAGCUGCAACAAGAAGUGGCCCCCAAGAGCGCUUCGUUGCGGACAGACGGGCGCCAUUGUCAAGUGCCGGGCCACAUUGCAAAGGAGCUGCGAGAGCUGCAGCCGCACUUCCAACAGAUCGAGCGGGAGCUCGAGCAAGUGGACCGGAAGCUGGCGGCGUCCGUGCGGCAGAAGAAGCGGCUGGCGCUGGUCGAGCACGAAGUGGCCGCCUUGCCGGAAGCCACGAGGACGUUCCGCAGCAUUGGCAAACUGUUUGUGCAGGCGACGCGCGACGAAAGUGCGGCGAGCAUCAAGGGCGAAGAGGAGCAAGUGGACGCCCACGUGUCGUCGCUCGAGGCGAGAAAGCAGUACCUGACUCGACAGAAGCAGCUGGUGCAGGACAACCUCACGGAACUCUUGGCGCAGUGCACGUGA